AUGCUAAGAUCAGUUGUAACAAAAUCCGCUACAAUUCGCCAUCUUUCCACUAAGGGAAUAAAUAAAUCACUGACCAUCGGUUUAAUUCCAGGUGAUGGUAUAGGUAAAGAAGUGAUACCUGCUGGUAAACAAGUUUUACAAAAUUUGAGCUCGAGACAUGGCUUGAAUUUCAAUUUUAUUGACUUAGAAGCUGGUUUCCAAACUUUUCUCGAUACCGGUAAAGCUCUUCCAGAUGAAACAGUCAAAGUCCUAAAAGAACAAUGUCAAGGUGUGCUAUUCGGUGCCGUUCAGUCUCCAACCACUAGAGUGGAUAAUUACUCUUCCCCUAUUGUUGCUCUUAGAAAGGAGUUACAACUUUAUGCUAAUAUUCGUCCAGUAAAAAGUGUUGCUGGCGCUCAUAGCGGUAAACCCGUUGAUAUGGUAAUUGUCAGGGAAAAUACUGAAGAUUUAUACAUCAAGAUUGAAAAAUCCUACAAGGAUCAAAAUGGUAUGAGGGUGGCGGAGGCUACCAAGAGAAUCACUGAAGUAGCAACAAGAAAAAUUGCAAAAAUUGCUCUUGAUGUAGCUUUACAGAGGCUGAAGACUAAUGGCAAAGCUACUUUAACAGUGACACAUAAAUCUAAUGUCCUUUCACAAAGUGAUGGUUUGUUCAGAGAAAUUUGUAAGGAUGUUUAUCAGGCAAAUAAGGACAAAUAUGCAGGCAUAAAUUAUAAUGAACAAAUUAUUGAUUCCAUGGUCUACAGAAUGUUCAGAGAACCAGAAUACUUCGAUGUUAUUGUUGCACCAAACUUAUACGGUGACAUCUUAUCCGAUGGUGCUGCAGCAUUAGUCGGAUCCUUAGGUGUUGUUCCAAGUGCCAAUGUAGGUCCUGACAUCGUUAUGGGUGAGCCAUGUCAUGGUUCUGCUCCAGAUAUUGCUGGUAAGGGUAUUGCUAAUCCAAUUGCCACUAUCAGAUCUACUGCACUAAUGUUAGAGUUCUUAGGACAUAAGGAAGCCGCACAAGAUAUACAUAAGGCAGUUGAAUCAAAUAUGAGAGAAAAUAAGAUUAAGACUCCUGAUUUAGGUGGAAACUCUAGUACCCAAAAUGUAGUUGACGAUGUCUUGGAGAAGUUAGCAAAAUAA